GAUGGACCCUGAUACCCGACACUCCACUGGCCACCCUCUUUUAACAACUGGGAAACGCUUUGGAGGAAAUCCGGUAGAAAAGUCCUAACACUCAAAUGAUUUCACCAACGCUUUUUCCCUCCAAAGAAACUUAGAGGGUAUACCCUUUUCCCUUAAAUGGCAUCCUUCUGCCCCCAAAAAGAAAGCGUGUGGUUUUGGGGGCGGGGACAUUUUUGGUUUUAAACAACACGAUUAAGAACACUUCACAGUUACCUUCUGUAUCCCAAUGGCAGGGGUGGCCAGACAAGCACAAACCUCUCAGGAGUCCUACCACGACAAGGCCAGAGAACACCCUGAUGACGGAAAGCAUCCAGAUGGAGGCCUCUACAACAAGGGACCCUCCUACUCAAGUUAUUCUGGGUACAUAAUGAUGCCAAAUAUGAAUAAUGACCCAUACAUGUCAAAUGGAUCUCUUUCUCCACCCAUCCCAAGAACAUCAAAUAAGGUGCCUGUGGUGCAGCCAUCACACGCGGUCCAUCCUCUCACCCCCCUUAUCACGUACAGCGACGAGCACUUUUCUCCAGGAUCACACCCCUCACACCUCCCUUCAGAUGUCAACUCCAAACAAGGCAUGUCCAGACAUCCUCCAGCUCCUGAGAUCCCUACCUUUUAUCCUCUGUCUCCAGGUGGUGUUGGACAGAUUACCCCACCUCUUGGCUGGCAAGGUCAGCCUGUAUAUCCCAUCACGGGAGGAUUCAGGCAACCCUACCCAUCCUCACUGUCAGUCGACACUUCCAUGUCCAGGUUUUCCCAUCAUAUGAUUCCUGGUCCUCCUGGUCCCCACACAACUGGCAUCCCUCAUCCAGCUAUCGUAACGCCUCAGGUCAAACAGGAACAUCCCCACACUGACAGUGACCUAAUGCACGUGAAGCCUCAGCAUGAACAGAGAAAGGAACAGGAGCCAAAAAGACCUCACAUUAAGAAGCCUCUGAACGCUUUUAUGUUAUACAUGAAAGAAAUGAGAGCGAAUGUUGUAGCUGAGUGUACUCUAAAAGAAAGUGCAGCUAUCAACCAGAUUCUGGGCAGAAGGUGGCAUGCCCUCUCCCGUGAAGAGCAGGCUAAAUAUUAUGAAUUAGCACGGAAGGAAAGACAGCUACAUAUGCAGCUCUAUCCAGGCUGGUCUGCAAGAGACAAUUAUGGUAAGAAAAAGAAGAGGAAGAGAGAGAAACUCCAGGAGUCGACAUCAGGUACAGGUCCCAGAAUGACAGCUGCCUACAUCUGAAACAUGGUGGAAAACGAAGCUCAUUCCCAACGUGCAAAGCCAAGGCAGCGACCCCGGGACCUCUUCUGGAGAUGGAAGCUUGUUGAAAACCCAGACUGUCUCCAGGGCUUGCCCAGUCGACCCCAAUGGAGAAUUGACACCACCUUCACCCUGAGGUCACCGCUAGAGACGCUGAUCCAUAAAGACAAUCACUGCCAAACCCCCCUUCAUCUACUCCAAGAGCCAAGUUCCGAAAUCAAGCAUAAAAGGUUUCCCAGCCAAGCAGACAGAGCACCUGAGAACGCUAGCAGGCUGAGCAGCUGCCCUCCCUCCUCUCCGCGUGCACUUCUCAGCACUUCCCAGAGCGUCUUGCGUCCACACGUGUAACCUUUUGGCAAGGACAGUAACUUGGCUACAUUUGCCUGCCAGGAGCAACCUGAGCCUGCGGCCGGCACGUCCUCACACCCCAGCGCGGAACUUUGUGGAAGACGUCCCUCUUUGUUUAGGUCUUCUUCUUCUUCUUCUUCGUCUUUUUUUUUUUGCCUUUCUCCUGAAGCUUUUAUUUAACAGUGCAAAAGGAUCAGUCUUGUGUUUGCUUUUUUUUUUAAACUUGAAUUUUUUUUAAUUUACACUUUUUAGUUUAAACUUUCUUGUUGUAUAUUUUGCUAGCUAUGAGCUUUUAAGUAAAACUCAAAGAUGUGGAAAAGUUGGAAAUAAAAACGAAAUGAAAAGAAGCCGCCCUUUUCUGAGCGGCAUCUUUUCCGGCAAGUGGCUUCUCUGUGAAUUGUAACAAAUAGUGGCCUCCCGUCUUCGUAAGGUGUUUGAUAGAGCUAAAUAAAUGUAACAGCUGAAUCCACGCCGUGGGUAGCAGUUGGCAGUCCUAUUUCAUUUUAUUUUUCUUCUGAUCUCCUUUGUUUAAAUGGUAAACCUUGACACAUACCGUCAGCAGGCCGGUUUGCAGUGAAUUUUCCUUUCUUUCCUUUUCACCCCCUUGUUGUAAAAAGCCCAGCACUUGAAUUGUUAUUACUUUCAAUGUUCUGUAUUUGUAUCUGUUUUUAUUAGCCAAUUAGUGGGAUUUUAUGCCAGUUGUUAAAAUGAGCAUUGAUGUACCCAUUUUUUUUUUUUGAAUAACAAGGCACAGCCUUUGCCCCAAACUGCCAUCUAACGUUUGUCAUUCCAGUUUGAGUUAACGUGCUGAGCAUUUUUUAAAAGAAGCUUUGUAAUAAAACAUUUUAAAACAA